AUGCCCGUCAUCGCCAAAAUCGUCGAAGAAAUGGACGUUGAACAACGCCAAUCCCCCAUCGUCCAGGCUCUAAUGGCCAUCGAUACUAAGCUGGAUACUAUUCUGAACCUAUUCGCGGCCUUGGACGCUCGCCAGCAUCGUUUGGAGGCGGCGAACCAACCGCGAACAUCCUCCUGCGUAUUCUGCCCCGAGGGCGAAGCCAGCCAUCCGUCGGGCCGCUGUCCAAAAUAUCCCGACCCCGUGUCACGCGCGGUCCAGGCUUCGCGCCUGGGCCUAUGUGACCGGUGCCUCCGGAGGAGCCACGACGAACCGUGCGAUGCGAGCUGCAACCACUGCCGGAAGCCGCACAACACCUUGUUGUGUCCGAUAGAAGCAUUGCGAAAGAAGAUUGUAGAGUGUCAGGAAAAAGCACAGACAAUUGUGACUAUGGCGAACAAGAGAAUCGCAUACCUAUCUGGAAUGUGGAAAGAUACAAGCGAUGUGAUGUUGAAGAGCGAUGUUAGCGAUUCUAGAGGUGGAGCUCUAGAACGGAUAAGCAGAGGCGAGAGAACUUUCAGUGAUGUGUUUUCAAGCGCAGCAUCAGCGCUGGAGGCAAUAUCUACAGCAAAACUGCAAGAUGAACUCAAAAAAGAUUGCGCGCGUCUCGCAAAAGAACUGCGCACGUUUAUGGGCAAGCUAGAGGAAGGUGCAAAAUCUGUAGAAAGAAAAGCGAAAUCUAUUCCCAAAUCCGACGCAACGACGGAGACAUAUUCCUCGGACGUUGUUGACCGCACCAAAAAGACUUCUGCGGAGGCAAAUAUACCAUCAAAAUCUCCUGAUAUGCCAAAAAUUUCCCCGCUUCUAAAAGGAGAUCGGCCACCUGUGCUUACUACUGCACAGCGAUUAUCUCCAACGGCAAAACUCCAAAAAACGCAAGAAAGCUUGAGACUACCUUCUGCUCAGGCGCAAAAGGAGCUACGCAUAGCGAAAACUCCGCCAACUGCUACACCUCCUAAGAAUACCAGCAAGAAGUUAAACAGCGCGUCUAGCAGCGCCAGCGGUUCAAAGGAACAAGUUCGUCCUUGACUUUCGUGAUUCAGAAACUUUCAUAUUAGUGUGUUCACAUAUUUUCUUCACUUGCGUUCAUAAUACUAUACGAUUCAAUGUCGUAAUUCGCUCAGG